GCGAUAUGAUGUCCCGUUUCAGCCCCUCGAAGGAUCACGGUCGGAGCAUCCGCAGCUCGAGGACGCGGCAAGGCGAGAUAUCAAUUUCCGCGCGUGCGGGGAUGGAAGCGACGGGGGCUCCACUGUGAAUCAGUGUUCUCGCACAACACUCGUCCGCCCCGUCCUUGGCUCGAGCCAGCGAUUGGCCGGGCGGGGCUUGGCGGGGGCGCACCGCUUCCAGCGUAUCGACCCUUGUGCGUGUCCAGCAAACACGCGAGGGCGACGCUCGACACAGCGCGACGGAGCGAAUCGAAAGGCUGGGCAGCCGGCGCACGGCCUAGCCCGCGGUUUUAUAUAUGACGAAGAACGGGGUCGCUCCCCGCUCGUCCGAGCACGCUGUGCGUCUCCGUCCAUUUUGCCUGGUGCGCGCACGUCUACCCCCUUCUUAUCCUUCCCCGUCCUUCUAGGCUCGUCGCGGCCCUGGUUUUUGUGCACCUUUCCACUCUUUUCUGACUCGUAUAUCUGGUGCACUUGCCGUCCGUCGCAGCUAGCUGAACUCACUUCCGUCUCCGUCUCCGGUUCCGACUGUGUUCGCCAUGGAUUCCUACUAUCAAACCAACUAUCAGUCGCACAACGUCUCUUUCCCCGAAAGGACACCUGCAUACCCUGAACAGCAAACACCAAAGGAACCCGAGGUCAAGGUCAGCCACCUUGCUCGGCGCAUACAUGGGUGGAGUUGGCAGGCCUUCCCGAUUGGGAUGGGUACAGGCGCAGUCUACGUGACGCUGUCCGGACUCAAGGAACACUCACAGACACUCACGAAUGUUGAGACGUUCUUCUACUUCCUCAACAUGGCGCUGUUCCUCUUGAACGUCUCGACGCUUGCCAUCCAAAUGUGCGUGUACCCCAUGCAAGCUCUCCGUCUCGUGAAGGACCCUGUCAAGGGCAUCUUCGUCCCGUUGGUCGUGCUGUCCUUUGCCACUAUCAUCAUCGGAACAAUAAAAUAUGCGGUACCCACUGGCCACGUCCACCCAAAUUUCAUAUACGUGCUCUUCUGGAUGUAUGUUUCGCUGGCGGUUGGCGUCUGCUUUCCUAUGCUCAUGGUGUGGUUCAACCGCCCCCAUGACCUGACGACCUUCACCCCGGCGUGGGCGUUCUUGAUAUUCCCGAUGAUGCUGGUCGGCGUGGUCGCGUUCAAUGUGCUCGACGUUCUGCCACCGGCGGACAACCGUGCUCUCGGGGUAUUGCUCACUGGAUACGUCUUCCAAGGCCUUGGCUUCUUCAUGACGUUCUUCUACAUUUGCAUAUACAUCAUCCGGGUCAUGACCACGGGGUUCCUGGACGGCCACCAAGCGAACGGCGCAUUCGUCGCGGUCGGCCCCCCGGGAUUCACGGCCCUCGCCCUCAUCAAGCUGGGGGAGAACGCCGUCGAUAUUCUCCCCGCGCAUGGCCUGGUCACCAAGCAGGCCGGCGAGAUCUGGUACGCGGCGUCCGUCAUGUCUGGUCUCAUGCUCUUCGGCCUUGCCGUGUUCCUGUUCCUGUUCGGAAUCUUGCCGUACUGGUUCAAAGUGCACAAGCACCUGAGCGAGAUUCUCGGAUGUUGGGCGCUGACCUUCCCGAAUGUUGGCUGGAUCUCCACCAUCCGUGUGCUGGGCGACAUCUUCAAGCUGAAGGGCUUCUUCAUCUGGCACCUCAUCAUGGCCAUCAUCAUGACCACGGUGUGGGCCGUGCUCUUCGUGCUCACCGUGCUCGCGUUCUGCAAGGGCAAGAUCUUCCUCGCGAAGAGCGAGGAGGUCAUCAAGGACUCGCUCGAGCGCAAGAUGUCGCACGCGGACUCGCCGCGCCACUCGUACAACAAAGAGGCGCACAACCACGUCUAGUUCGCGUCCCCGCGCCGCGCCCGGGCUUUCCGCCCGCCCCGCAUACCCUGUGGCCAGCGCCGAUGCAGCAGCCGCGCCCGCUCGCACGCGCACACCACCCCCUUCCCCUUCCUUCCUUCCCCUGAUAGAUAGUGCGUCGCCGCCUCGUUCCUGGCGACGCCGGCUUCCGGCAGUUUCUUCUCGACUCUGCGCCCGAUCGAUGGACACUAGACACACAGCUCACACGCAGACGGACGAUACGGACGCUUCCGCGUAGAUAGAGUUUUGCACACCGCACUAUAGCUGCGUACCUGGCCCGGCACCCCCCACACGUCGUCCCACACUAGACGUCCCCACUACUACCGCACCCUUUAGACCGCGCACCCGGACUGUAUACAGACUCGUCUCUCCCUCAACUUCCGC